UCUCUUCAAGAUGAAAUCCUGGUGGGUUUUAUGAAAGACAACCCGGACUUGGCAAAAGGAUUUGUGAAGGGCGACCGAGUUGUUGUCGAUGCCAAGUGGGCAGAGCUUUGCGGCGCUCUCAAUGCUGUUGGGCCGCCAAUCAAGGACGCAUUGGGUUGGAAAAAGGUUUGGGCAGAUUGGAAAACAAACAUCCGCAAGAAGAUGGCGAAAAACAAAUCAGAAACUCGAGCUACAGGUGGAGGGCCCUUCGCUCAGCAAUCGCUUGGGGAAUUGGAGGAGAUAGCUAUGUGGCCUCUACGAAAUGGUGGAAGGAGUAGGUGGGCCAGCGUAUGGACUUCCCCCCCGUACGACCAAGGAGGCCGACACUGGGGUUAAGUGCGUGAUGGAAGACCCCAUUGAGGAGGAACCCUCAGAGAAGGACGAACCCUCAGAGAAGGAGGAGCCCAUGCCGAAGCGCCGUCCAACUAGACCAGCGCAGACCAUGGACCUCAACGAUCUCUGCGCUGCUCAGCUGGAUGAAAUGUCGGCAAUUUCCAAGAAAAUUUCGGAACAUUUCGAACGAAUGGAAUCGUUAGAGAAGGAGAAGCUCGAGGUCCAAAAGGCGCUUGUAGACAAAUUUAGCCAAAUUUUGGACAAAUUUGCGAAAUAAUUAGUUUCCUAUUAGUUUUUUUGUGAAACUUAGCUUUAUUAGUUAUAAAGAAUAUCGAAUGACAUAAAGAAGAAAA